AGACACGUAGACAACACAGACGUCUGUUAGAAGAAGGAAAAGGAAGAAAGCAUAAAUGGCAUUGCGUCACUUACGAUUCUUCCCUCGCAACACUCUUACACUCACAAACUUCACUCCCAAACACAUACACAUACACAACAACACUCUCACAAACUUCACUCACAAACCCAAACACAACCUCUCACUCUCUUCCUCUUCAACCACAACCAUGGCUUUCUCUUCCGAAGCUCGAAAGGUGUUUGUUCCGAUUGCCGAUGGCACCGAACCUAUGGAGGCUGUCAUCACCGUCGACGUUCUCCGUCGAUCCGGAGCUGACGUCACCGUCGCUUCCGCCGCCAACCACCUCUCCCUCCAAGCUCUCCACGGCGUCAAGAUCCUCGCCGACGCUUCCGUUUCUGACAUCGCCGACACCGUCUUCGACCUCAUCGCUCUCCCCGGUGGGAUUCCGGGUGUUGAAAAUCUUAGGGACUGUGGAGUUCUGGAAGGAUUAGUGAAAAAGCAUGUUGAGGAUGGAAGGCUUUAUGCUGCGGUGUGUGCUGCUCCUGCAGUGGUGCUUGGGCCAUGGGGUUUGCUGAAGGGGUUGAAGGCAACUUGUCAUCCCUCAUUGAUGGAAAAAUUGGCCUCUUAUACAACUGCUGUUGAGUCAAGGGUGCAACUGGAUGGCAGAGUUGUGACGAGUCGUGCACCGGGCACCACCAUGGAGUUCGCGGUUGCACUGGUUGAGCAAUUAUAUGGAAAAGAGAAAGCUGAUGAAGUUGCUGGUCCACUGGUCAUGCGUGCUAAUCACGGUGAUGAAUAUACUUUUACGGAGGUAAACCCAGUGCAAUGGACGUUUGAAAAUUCACCCAAGAUUCUUGUACCAAUCGCUAAUGGCAUGGAGGAAAUGGAAGCUGUUAUUAUCAUUGAUAUUCUGCGAAGAGCAAAGGCAAAUGUUGUGGUUGCUUCUGUGGAGGACAAACUACAGAUUGUGGCAUCGCGUAAAGUUAAACUGGAGGCAGACAUGCUCCUUACUGAAGCAGCUAAACUUUCAUAUGACAUUAUUGUGUUGCCAGGUGGACUUGGGGGCGCCCAAGCUUUUGCAAACUCAGAAACCUUGGUGAGUUUGCUGAAAAAGCAAAGAGAAUCAAACAGAUAUUAUGGAGCAAUUUGUGCAUCCCCAGCUUUAGUCUUGGAGCCCCAUGGCUUGCUAAAGGGUAAAAAGGCCACUGCCUUUCCUGCCUUGUGCAACAAGUUAUCAGAUCAGAGUGAAGUAGAAAACAGGGUUGUAGUUGAUGGCAACCUUAUUACCAGCAGAGGCCCAGGAACCUCCAUCGAGUUUGCAUUAGUUAUUGUGGAGAAGCUCUUUGGACGCAAUUUAGCCCUAGAAAUUGCAAAGGCAACAGUGUUCACACGCCCAUAGUAUAUUUAAAUGGGUAGCUGGUUGUGGUAAUGUAUUAGAGGUUUGUGUAUGAAUUAUUAAGCAUAUCUGAACCUUGAAUGAGUUGUAAAGAAUAAUGCGAGAAGAGAUGUGGUUGUUGAUAACGUUGGUAACGCUUUGGUAGUUGCUUCUCAUUUUAGUUCUCUUUUUCUUGGGUUUCUUUAGGGUGCGC